AUGAAGACUCCUCAAUCUUUUAAGGAACAAACAGAAUGCAUUGUGAAUGCUCUUCUCGAAGAGUUUAGUGGUCCCACAGUGCAACAUUCUGCUUGUAGGUCAUUCUGUGUGGAUGAAACAGAUUCAGGAGUGGCUUGCUCUUUCGAUGUGGCCAUCAUCGCUGGUCGACUUCGGCAAAUUGGUGAUGCGUACAAUGGGGAUUUGGAAGCUUCUGUCCGAGACAUCAUUGCAGAAACCAGCCUUGUACAGGCAGAAACGAAAUUCCAGGAAGUAGUAGAAUCUCUCAGCAAGACCUGGUGUGCUCAGGAUUCGAGUUUAGUUUAUGAAAGAGCUGUCUUGGGCCUGUCAGUGAAAGUCCUGGAAUAUGUGGUCCCUAAAGCUCCCCAAAUCGGAAGACAGCUGGCUAGAGCUAUGAUCAACAUGAUCAGUAGCAUUGAAGGGUAUAUCCAGGACCAGGGAGGAUGGGAAAAUCUGGAGAGCUAAAGAAGAGGUCAAAC